AUGCCUACUACGGAAAUACGCGAAAAAUUAAAGGAAUUUAAUCAGCAAACUAAAGCGGAGACCAAUAUUUUCCUCUAUAACAGCAAGGAAGUGGAAAUCAGUGACUUCAUAACCGGAGAAACGACAGUGAUUUUAGUUAAUCGCAUGCAGACCAACUCUAAACUAAUUUAUCAACUUAAUAAAAAUGCGCUAGCCAUCGUGUUAAUUGCUAAUAGAAAAUCUUAUGACUUGCUGGACGUACUAAAUGAGCUGUUAACACGACUGCGACACCUGAAAGUACUAAUCAUACUACCACCAACACUGAGCGAUGAAAAAUCACAACUGAUGAUGUUUCAAUGGGCGUGGAAAUCGGGUUACACACGCAUGAUGUGCUUGUAUACGACAACUAAUGUUAACGGUACACAAAUAAGGCUUAUGAGUUACACACCUUUCCCAGAGUUGCAUUUGGUAACAGUUGAGCGUCCAGAAGAUUAUUUUCGAUCCACAUUACCGCAAGAUUUUCAAGGACAUCCAAUACGCUCACCCUUCGGACAGAGCCCACCAAUUGUGUUUAGUUACACAGAUCGGUAUGGACACCAGAAGACUUCCGGUAUGUGGUAUUAUCUACUUCAACAUUUUAUUCAAGUUCACAACGCCACGCUCGAGGAAGUUAUGCUACCUAAACCGUAUCCCGAAAGUGUAGCUAUGGAAUCAGUGGUUGCUGCAAUGCAGCGAAAUCAAGUGGAUGUAUCUUUGCAUGUUUAUCAAGUGGACUACGACAAAUGGCAUUCAAAUCAACCGCCAUUUAUAUUUCAUGUGUAUUUUCGUGUACCGAAUGCCAAGCCACGUCCGUUUAAAGACUUCUUAUGGGCGCCAUUUGAGUCUAAGCUUUGGUAUGUGGUAUUGCAUUAUUUGCUUUUUAUGGCGCUGAUAAUCACCAUUAUCAAAAUCGAUCAGUUUGGUAGUACGGUAACCACAUAA